AGACUCUGCCAGAAGAUGCUCUCAAGAUAACAUCUGCAGAGGAGAGAAACACAAUUCCUGCUUUUCCUCUUCGGACUUCAGCUCUGGUCUUGAGUUGGAAGACUAUAUCUCUGUAGGUGACACUUCUGGAGCAGAGGAGGAUACAGACUCAGCUAUCUUGUACGGAACUUUGCAAGGAAGUGUUGUUGGAUUACAAUACUACACAGGGAUUGUUAAUAACAAUGAAAUGGUUGCACUUCAGAGGGAGCCCAAUAAUCCUUACGAAAAUGCAGUGCAGGUCACUAACGUGAACGGAGGCCAGGUGGGCCACAUCAAGAGGCAGCCGGCGGCGGCACUGGCAGGCGUCAUGGACAGCAGACUCGCCGCAGUCGAAGGGGUUGUCCCUUAUGGAGCAAAAAAUGCCUUCACCAUGCCUGUGCAAAUGAGCUUUUGGGGAAGAGAAGAAAACAAAGAAGCAGUGCUAAAUCAGCUGAGAAGGCAUGGAUUUAAAUUAGCUCCUCCUCUGAAAGGUUCAGAAGGUGGUUUUGGAUCCAAGUGGAUUUGUAAGAGAGCUGCUCCGAGUUACAGCGCUCCGGUUCAUGCCGCUGUGCAACUGACGACUGAACAGCUUAAGAGUGAAUUUGACAGACUGUUUGAGGAUCUGAAGGAAGAUGAUAAAACCCGUGAAAUGGAAGCAGCAGAGGCUGUUGGCACACUUUUGCUUCCCCAUCAGAAGCAAGCUUUGGCUUGGAUGGUUUCACGUGAGAACGGUAAUAAUUUGCCACCAUUUUGGGAAGAGAGAAGUAACUUCUAUUAUAAUACACUGACAAAUUUUGCAGAAAAGAAACGACCUAAAAAUGUUCUUGGAGGAAUAUUGGCUGAUGAUAUGGGACUGGGUAAACCACUUAGUACUAUUGCAUUGAUUCUCACAAAUUUUCAAGAUAGUAAGCCCCUUCCUGUUGAAAAGAUCACAAGUGGCAAGUUUUAUGAGGUGACUUCUAUUUCCUCAAGUACCACUAGUGUUCAGUCAGUUGGGAAGAAAUAUUCUGAUGAUGGCCCCAGAGCAACACUGAUUGUAUGUCCACUGUCUGUCCUAAGCAACUGGAUUGACCAGUUUGAACAACAUAUCCACUAAGAUUUUAAUGUGAAUAUUUAUGUUUAUUAUAGUUCUUACCGUAACAAAGACACAUCAGUUCUUUCAGAACAAGACAUUGUAUUGACAACGUACAACAUCUUAGCCACUGAUUAUGGAGUCAGAGGUGAUAGCCCUUUACACAAAGUCAGGUGGCUGAGGGUUGUGUUGGAUGAGGGGCACACUAUACGAAAUCCCAAUGCUCAUCAAACUAAAGCUGCCUUAAAUCUGGAGGCACACAGAAGAUGGGUGCUUACAGGCACCCCUAUUCAGAAUUCUGUAAAGGAUUUGUGAUCUCAUUUCUUAAAACUGAAGCCUUUUAUUGACCAAGAGUGGUGGCACAGAACAAUUCAACGUCCAGUCACAAUGGGAGCUCCAGGAGGACUUGGUCGUUUACAGUGUCUGAUUAGGGGUAUUGCCCUUAGAAGAACUGAAACGAGUCAAGUUAAAGGAAAACCCAUUUUGGAGUUACCAGAACGUAAGGACUUAAUUCAGCAUGUUGCACUUACAGAGGAAGAGAGACAAAUCUACCAGUCUGUGAAGAAGGAGGGCAAAGCUGCUAUUGGCAGGUUUUGUAAGCCAUGUAUUUUCGAAGUCGUCAGAAAUGAACAACCAAAUGCCAGAUGCCCUCUCUGUAGGAAUGAGCUUGGAGUAGAGCACUUGGUAGAAUGUCCCCUAGAAGAAGAAAUAGACUCCAGUAAUGGAAAGAAGCCUGAUCAGGAGUGGAUAUCUAGUUCAAAGAUAAAUGCUCUUAUGCAUGGUUUGACAGAACUACGGAGGGAUAAUCCAACUGCUAAGUGUCUGGUGGUUUCGCAGUUCACAGCUUUCCUGUCACUGAUAGAAAAUCCCCUGAAAGAAUCGCGGUUUGCCCUUACUCGUUUGGAUGGGUCAAUGGCACGGAAGAAAAGAGUGGAAGCAAUUCGGUGUUUCCAAAGCAACCAAGCAGGGUCCCCAGCUGUAAUGCUUUUGUCUCUGAAAGCGGGUGGAGUUGGAUUGAAUCUGACAGCAGCUUCCCGAGUGUUUUUAAUGGAUCCUGUGUGGAAUCCUGCUGCAGUAGACCAGUGCUUCGACAGGUGUCACAGGCUGGGUCAGAAGCAUAAUGUUGUUACUACCAAGUUCAUUGUGAAGGAUUCAGUGGAAGAAAAUAUCCUGAAAAUUCAGAGGAAGAAGAGGGAACUUGCAGCAGGAGCGUUUACUACCAAAAAGCCCUCAGCAAGUGAAGUAAAACAAAACAAAAUUAAUGAAAUUAAGGCUUUGAUUGAUUUACAGCCUGAUCCUAUGGCAUUUUGA